AUGCAUUUUCUUUUCCUUUCCCUUUUAUUCCUUGCUCUCUCCAAUACCUGCUCCGCCGGGUGUGCAUCUGUCCAGGUGAAAGGACAACUCAUGUGUAAUGGACAACCGUUUGUGAAGGAACAUGUUCAAUUGUGGGAACCCAAGUUGUUGGGCGACGAGCUCUGGGAUGACAUGCAAACUGGCCAGGACGGAAAGUUCCAGAUUUUUUCUCACGGAUUUGAUGUGACCAUUGUCGAUAUCCCAUUCCUUGGAUUCGGCAUACAUCCAUACCUUUGGAUCCCUAAUUACUGUGGUUCUGAGUUAAUUGACGGGAAGAGAUGUACCAAGAAUAUUCUGAACAUUGCGAUCCCGGAAGGAUAUAUUAAUCCGUGUCAGCCGGAUGUUUAUGUCUACGACAUCGGACGGAUUGAUAUGGAGAGUGCGGAGAGUGCGAGAUUCAAUUGGGUUUUGAAAUUGAUGGGGCAGCAUUAUCAGUGCAGAAACUAUUGA